ACAAUAACAAAUUCUAAUUUAUCCCUUUAAAUCACUACUCUAAUUUUCUAUAAUGUUGCUGCAGCUUUCUCUUCUUACACUAGUCUUACUAUCCCCUGUUUCCGCUGAUAAUUUCUACCAAGACGCGGCGGUCACGUUUGGUGACCAGCGCGCUCAGAUACAAGAUGGAGGGCGCCUUCUCACAUUGUCACUUGAUAAAAUUUCAGGUUCCGGAUUUCAGUCUAAGAAUGAGUAUUUAUUCGGAAGGUUCGAUAUGCAGCUUAAACUCGUACCUGGAAAUUCUGCUGGCACUGUCACCACAUUCUAUUUGUCUUCUCAAGGAGCAGGGCAUGAUGAAAUUGAUUUUGAGUUUCUAGGAAAUUCAUCAGGACUACCUUACACGGUUCAUACCAAUGUUUACUCUCAAGGAAAAGGCAAUAAAGAACAACAAUUUCGUCUCUGGUUUGAUCCAACUUCGUCGUUCCACACUUACUCUAUUGUUUGGAACUCUCAACGGAUCAUAUUUUUGGUGGAUAAUAUCCCAAUUAGAGUGUUCAACAACCACGAAGCACUUGGUGUUGCAUACCCAAAGAAUCAAGCAAUGAGAGUUUACGCGAGUCUAUGGAAUGCUGAUGAUUGGGCUACACAAGGAGGACGGGUGAAGACAGAUUGGUCUAUGGCUCCGUUUACAGCUUCUUACAGGAAUUUCAAUACAAAUGCUUGUGUUUGGUCAGCUGCUACGUCUACUUCGUCUUGUGGAGGUUCUAAGACUGAGUCAGUAAACAAUGAUGAGACAUGGCAAACGCAACAACUGAACGCUAAUGGAAGAAAUAGAAUACGAUGGGUUCAGCAGAAGUACAUGAUCUACAAUUACUGUGCAGAUGCUAAUAGGUUCUCUCAAGGCUUUUCUCCUGAAUGCAAGCGUUCAAGGUUCUAAGGCGGAUAUAUAUAGUAUAUGAAUGUAAAAUUAUGUUUGUUUCACUUUUCUAUUCUUUUAAUUUUGAUCAGGUAAAAAAAAGAACAUAGUGUAAUUAUUUGUGUAUGCAAUAUAUUCUUUAUUCUUUUUGUAAUCAUGAAAUAGAAAUAAUAAUGAAUUGUUUUCCUGA